GAUAUAUAUAUAUUAUAUUAACAGGAAAAAAAUACUUCUAAGAGGAACUUUUAUUGUUGAAGUUAUUAAAAUCACGGGAAGAUAUUUUAGUAACACAACAUGGCAGUUUUGGGAAGUGCAAGUCGGCUAUUACGACAAUUUGUAAAGGGUAGCAGUGGCAGAACGCUGUGUGCCAGUAAGCCAUCCCGAUGGCAGUCCAGAGCAGCAGCAGUGACAGCAACAAAGCAGACAACAGCUGCCACACCACAGUCUCAGGAACAGAAGAAACCCAAAACUGGAAUUGUAAUGCUCAACAUGGGGGGACCUGAGAAGAUAGAAGAUGUCUAUGAUUUUCUUUUUAGGCUUUUCAUGGACAGGGAUCUGAUGACGCUUCCAGUGCAAAAUAAACUUGCACCAUUUAUUGCUAAAAGACGCACCCCAAAAAUUCAGGAACAGUACAGCCGAAUUGGCGGAGGCUCUCCGAUUAAGAUGUGGACGACUCUUCAAGGAGAAGGAAUGGUGAAAUUGCUGGAUGAGAUGUCUCCAGAGACAGCUCCCCACAAGUUUUACAUUGGCUUCCGUUACGUCCAUCCACUUACAGAAGAAGCCAUUGAAGAGAUGGAGAGGGAUGGAGUGGAAAGAGCUGUAGCUUUUACUCAGUACCCACAGUAUAGCUGUUCAACAACAGGUAGCAGUUUAAAUGCAAUCUACCAAUACUACAACAAUAAAGGGGAGGAACCAAAGAUGAGGUGGAGUGCAAUUGACAGAUGGCCCACGCACCCUCUUCUUAUUGAAUGUUUUGCAGAUCAUGUACAAAAAGAGCUAAAGAAAUUUCCUGUUGAAAAACGUAACGACGUGGUCAUUCUCUUCUCUGCUCAUUCAUUGCCCAUGUCUGUGGUGAAUCGAGGGGACCCUUACCCUCAGGAGGUGGGCGCCACUGUCCAGCAUGUCAUGGAGAAGCUGAACCACUGUAACCCCUAUAGACUGGUGUGGCAGUCCAGGGUGGGUCCCAUGGCCUGGCUCGGCCCUCAGACAGACGAUACGAUUAAAGGGUUGUGUGAGAGAGGGAAGAAGAAUAUCCUCUUGGUCCCAAUAGCUUUCACCAGUGACCACAUUGAAACACUGCAUGAGCUGGACAUUGAGUAUUCACAGGUGCUGGGGAAGGAGUGCGGUGCAGAAAAUAUCAGAAGAGCAGAAUCCCUGAACGGAAACCCAUUGUUUUUUAAGGCACUUGCUGAUUUGGUACAAAGUCACCUGAAGUCCAAGGAGGCAUGUUCGAGACAGCUACCCCUGCGCUGCCCGCUCUGUGUUAACCCAGUGUGUGGACAGACUAAAGCUUUCUUUGCCAGACAGAAACUCUGAUUGCAUUCUUAGAUCUGUGAAACAAGUUGCACUCAAAAGAAAAUACUUCCAAAAGGAAAUUGCAAGCAUAUUUGAAAUUGACAUGCCAUCUCAGCUAAGGCAGAUUCAUAGAGAUUCCAAUGCUUUUUUUUUUAUUUUUAUUUGCCGGAAGUGUCUUGUCAUGGUGAAAAUCUUUACAUUUUUUAACUUACUUGCAAAAUAAUGAGCAGAAAGAUGCAGUAUACUUGCCUCUGGUGCUUUAAUUGGUAGAUCAGUAGAUAAAAUUGUAGUCUUGGUAAAAAAUAUGUAUUUCCUGUUUUUAUUUUAGAUAACA